AUGUCGACUGGAUCCUCUGCAGGCACGAGCGUCGGCCAGAAGGUCAAAGGCGCGUUCCAGACUGUACACGGCAUCGGCGAGAGCAUCCGCGGAAACGCGAUGGACUUUGUCGAUUCGGCGACGGGCACGACCCAACGCGGGCACGCUGCGACGGAGCGCGGCGAGUUUGAGACGCAGAAGGGCAUGGCGAACAUGGAGGGGCGCGCGCAGCCCGUCGGUACCGCGCCCGGCGGCGGCGUGGGCGUCGGCACGGGCCCCGUAGACGCUUCGACCGGGACGAACGCCGCCGCAGGUACUGGAGCUGGGACGGGCCUCGGAGCCGGAACGAACAUUGCUGCUGGCACCGGAGCUGGGACAGGUCUUGGUGCUGGAACGGACACUGCUGCCGGCACCGGUGCUGGAACAGGCCUUGGUGCUGGAACGAACACUGCUGCCGGCACCGGUGCUGGGACAGGCCUCGGUGCUGGAACGAACACUUCCGCCGGCACCGGAACUGGACCAGGCUUUGGUGCCGGAGCGAACACUGGUGCCAACACUGGGGCUGGGGUUGGAGCAGGACCAGGCGUUGGAGCUACGAACGCAGGAAGCGCUGCGCGUGGUGCGGGGCUCGAGACACAGGGCGGUGUUGUCCCGCCAGGGUCCAGCACCGGCUACUAA